GAGAAAUCAUCGGGGGCCAUGAGGCCAAGCCUCACUCUCAUCCCUACAUGGCACAUCUUGGGAACUGUGGGGGUUUCCUUGUGCGUGAGGACAUUGUGUUGACAGCAGCUCACUGCUGUAAAAGUCUCUGCAACUCAACUAAUGUCACCCUGGGAGCCCACAACAUCAAGCAGAAGGAGAAGACCCAGCAGACCAUCCGGGUGAAAAACCCCAUAUUCCACCCAGGCUAUAUUAGUUCUUCACACUGGAAUGACAUCAUGUUACUGCAGCUGGAGAAGAAGGCCAAACUGAAUGAUGCCGUGAGCACCAUUAGUCUGCCCUCAAUGACAGACCAGGUGAAGCCAGGGAUGGUGUGCACUGUGGCCGGAUGGGGGCGUCUGGAUGUAUAUACCAAAGGUGAUGGGAAAUUGCACGAGGCAGAGCUUGAAAUCCAGGCGAACAACAAAUGCACCUCUCGCUACCCACAUUACAACAGCACCAUCCAGAUGUGUGUGGGGGACCCAAAAAAGAUUCAGACUUCUUAUAAGGGGGAUUCUGGGGGCCCCCUCAUAUGUAACAACAAGGCCCAAGGCAUUGUCUCCUACGGAUCAACCUGUGCAAACCCUCCAAGAGUCUACACCAGGAUCUCGAACUUCUUGCCCUGGAUAGAAAGCACAAUGAGAUGCUUGAAACUUCUGAGACCAGACUGAGGCACCCCAGAAUUGAUCCGUCCAUUUUCUCUGGGGCACAGGCCAAUACUGCAUUGGGCAGACAGGGUGGCGGAAACUGGGGCAUACACUUAAUAAACUUC